UAUAUCAAAUAAAAAAUGGUCGCUGAGAACAAAAACACACCAAACCGACGUCGUUUCCAGCACUCAGCAGUCAGCAUCUCAUCAGCAGCUCAUCCUGACAUUCAGCAACCACGAUCACUUUCCUAAAACCCACCUCAAAUCAACCACCGCUUUCCCAUUCCAACUCCAAUUUACUUCAACAAACUCUUUUUUUUACCGCGGUAAAACAAGCAUGAGUAGAAGCCACCCUUCGAUCCACCCGGUGGACUUGGCGGCGGCGCCGUCGACGGCGGCGCCCGGCGAAGAGAACAUCUAUCCUCCGAUGCGUCUUCGCAUGAAAGACAUUCAAGGCAUGCCUGGCACUUGUAUGAGCCUCGUUUUGCGUGCUUUUCAGUUCCUCUUCGCGGCAAUUUCGCUCUCUGUUAUGGCCUCCACCUCCGAUUUCCCCUCCGUCACCGCCUUUCGCUACCUUGUUGCUGCUGUGAGCUUACAGACCCUGUGGAGUCUCUCACUUGGCAUUGUUGAUAUAUAUGCUUUGUUGGUGAAGCGGUGCUUGAGGAAUUCCAUAAUUGUCGCCCUGUUUACUAUGGGGGAUGGGAUCACAUCGACACUUACAUUUGCGGCAGCAUGUGCAUCUGCUGGGAUAACUGUCCUUAUUAGCAACGACUUUAACAGCUGUGCUCAGAAUCACUGUACUCGGUUUGAGACAGCUACUGCGAUGGCCUUUAUGAGUUGGUUUGUUGUUUCGCCUUCCUUUUUCUUAAACUUUUGGUCUUUAGCAUCUAGGUAAACACAAGGCAUAUAUGUGUUUUGUCGUAUAUUGAUCCAUAACUAUAGUUUCUUGGUGCUCUUCAUGUAAAUUGAGUUAUUGGACGUGGCAUCAUACUGUUGUACCCACUUUUUUUAUUGACAGUUUGUAUUUUAUA